AUGUCCCCUCAUCUCAGGCCACGCUUUCGCUCCCUUUAUACACUGCCAUUGCAGUACAAUCGAGCGUUCCAAUUUCGAAGAGCAUUCCAUGAUGCGAAGGCGGAAUUUAUUACGUUUGAUGCCAAGGGGUCUCUCAAAACACGAAACCUUGACAUUAUCAUCGGCGAACCCCAUCAGGCCUAUAUUAUGUUCGAUAAGGAAGUUGGCUUUGCUAUGAAAUCAGCUAUCACUAAGCAGACUGGCAUAUGCCUCACUUCUGAUCCUGAAAAGAUUCCCCUAACAUUCUUCCAUGAGACCCUGCAUUUUGCGCAUGCUAUGGUACCAUAUCCACGUGUUACUAUUGAACGAGAUCUCCCACGACAAAACGCAACCAAUAUGAGCCCCGCAACUCUCUGGCUAUGGGGAGCGUCACAUUGUAUUACUUUGGAUGGCACGACCGAUCAUAAAUUUGAGGAAUCCGCACGAGAGAGCUAUGAAAGAUUAAAAGGGGCUGCUGAACUUCUGCGAGAUAGAUAA